UUAAUACGCCCGGGUGCAGAUUGGCUGUUGUGUUAUUGGGCUAUGCCGGCCGCGGGUGGAGUCGGGGUGUUUUUUGCAUUUUAAAAAGUCCCAGGCCAGUAGCCGGCCGUAAAACAAGCGGAGUCAAGGUUUAAAAAUUAUUUCUCCCGCUGCCUCCUUACAGUUGCUCUUAUCUCUCCGAAGAUGGCGGAGGCUCUGGGGGUGGCAGACACCCGUAGACUUCACAGUAAACCGCAGGAUUUAAACGACGCUUACGGGCCUCCUAGUAACUUCCUCGAGAUCGACAUCUUUAACCCGCAGACAGUUGGGGUUGGCAGGAGUAAGUACACUACAUACGAGGUCCGGAUGAGGAUUGUUGUGCCACCACUACCAGGAAAAGCUUUGAAACGUCAACUACCAUUCAGAAUGGAUGAAGGAAUUUUUGAAGAGUCUUUUAUUGAAGAAAGAAGAGCUGGAUUAGAACAAUUCAUUAACAAAAUUGCAGGUCACCCACUGGCCCAGAAUGAACGCUGCCUUCAUAUGUUCUUGCAAGAGGAAAGCAUCGAUAGGAAUUAUGUACCUGGCAAAAGUCUAAGUGGGCCACUAAAGACUAUAUGGGAAGCAAAUCUGAGUCACCUGCAGCACUUCAGAUGAUGAAGCUGUUAACAACUAUCACUUUUUAGUCUAAAUUGUUUCUUUCUGCCCUUCUGAUUUACUCUUUACUCUCUUCUGUACUGCUUAAUGAACUUGGUGGGGGUAGAGGAGGAACAAUUUUAACUGCUUCAAUCUAAUCUUGCAUGAGGAUAACUUGUAGUUGACAUUAGCAGUUAAUCACAAUAUUGUACGCCGGUCCAACUUUCCAGAAUUCCAGUUGUUUUUGUUCUCAACUUCUGAGGAAUGGCUGAAGGAAUAAAUUCUUCCUGAUUAGGAUGUGGGAAUUGGUAGAUGGCCAUGAGGAGAGAUUCCUCAACUGCUUGGUAUCCAUGGGAAACCCAUGACUUGCUGUUUAUAGAAUUAUUCAUUGAAUUUGAAGCCUACAUCUUGAUGUAGUCGAGCAACUUACAACAUUGACUGACUAUCUGUUUUUACUUUUUUCUCUUGCAGCCUGAAGUUUGUUCUUUUUUAUAUUUAUAUAUAAAAACGGCCCUCUUGACAUGUUAGUCUGAAUGGGUUUGUGGAUGUUGAAUGUUAGUAGUCUAAAGGGAGGGAAGUGACAAACAAUGUCUAAGAUGGCAUUUGUUUAGGCUGGCCAUUCCUUUUUUGGAAUGAAACUGCAAUGGGAGGAGGGGACAGGGACAGAACCUUCCAUUAGAAUCUCUUGGAGUAAGUGUACUUUAGUGCAACACUGAAUGGAUUGUGUAAAUCACCAAUCCUAUUCACUUUUUGAAAUACACUUGUUACAACAAAUCCAUUAACUGCUUAUUGAAACUAUUAAAGGUUUCUCAUCUUUUUUGGCAUUUCCAAAAAAAGUGAGUCUGUCUGCUUAAGUACACUCAUCCCUGUCUGCUUAAUGCUUUCAUUCUUAUUGGAAUUGUGAUGUAAUAUUUUCUUUUGUUUAAAGAUCAAUAUGAAAUGCAAUUUCUUUCCCACUGAAACCAGAAACAAAUGUGUAUUGUUAUACUAGCUAAAUUUUGUUUGAAUACAGUUCAUUGUCAAACCAUUCCUCAAAGCAACAUUCCUCAGGAUUAAGUCAUUCUAUCUUUUGUACAAUUACUUAGAUUUUUUUCUUAAAUUUAGGUGUGUGUGUGUGUGUAGACAAGGAAAGAUGACUUUAGCUGUAUUAAGUAGCCUUCCCUUAAUGCACAGUUUUAUCUGAUCUGUCUAAUGUUCACUCUAGUUAAACUGUAAAUUCAUUUUGCUGUCUAUAAAUAUUUCACACCACAGAAGCAAUGCUAUGAAAUUUUUGCUACGAUUCAUCUGGGUUACCAAAAGUCACUUUCAAUUCGUGUGUGGAUUUUGAUUUUCAUGCUCAAUAGUUGUAAUUGAACAAUUUGAUCACUGGAUUCCAAUUUAUCCUUUUGCUCUAAGAUUGACCUGUCACUUUAAUUCUCUCAUUAAUCUUUAUCAUUUUGCCUGCUACAGGGACCCCACCCUGGGGUCAGGCACUUUAUAGCCUUCUGCCAUGUUUGAACCUAAUUUUUCUCCAUGGUUCAGAUUUUUUGGCAUUCUAUUUAGUCCUGUCUUUUAUGGGUCUAUUGGCAUCAAAAAAUCAUGGACAAAUCAUAAAGAUUGGCAAUAGAUCAUGUCCUAGGAAAACUAAAAACAGCUGCUGCAUAUCUGAAACAAAAACCUCUAGGUUGAAGAAAUACCAGUCUUGCAGCCUCUAUAGAGACAAGAUAGGUAACAUCAAGUCAAGUUACUCUUAACAAUCCCUAACAGCUCUUGGAGAGAGGGGCUUGCAGAAUGUAAUCAAGAUGCUAUUGCAUAAAGAGAAAAAUAAUAAUUGACUGCUUGUGCAACAUUGCUUGUGAAGUUAGUGACAGCCUUUUAUCGAGGUUGUAUAUGACAGUAUAGCAUCAAGGAUUGACAGACCUAUUGCCAUUGCUGAAUUCUCCAGUAACCUGGGGGGUUACCAUUCAGAAGUUGCCCAUGUAGUGUGGAGAUGAGAGCAGCUUAGACCUAGGAAUGCUGCAGUGAGUAACUCAUUACCUGUGUCCCAAAGCAUAGCCACUUGACAAGGCAUCUGUUGGGAGUGUGAUGGGCUUCCUCCUCAUUUAGAGGUGUGCAGCUCCACCAGAUGUCCAGCUUGACAGCAUCCAGGACAAAGCAACUAGCUCCACUUAAUGUCUAUAAGAUACACAGUGCAGAAAUUUUCCAAAGAUCCUUCUAAACAGCAUCUGCAAAAUCCACCAUGAAUACUAUAUCUGGAUAUGUGGGAAGUUCAGCUGCACAUUCUCCACCAGUCUUUGAGGGAAUGGUGAUUUAUAUUUCCACGUUGCUGGCUUAAAAUUGUGACUGGGGAAGGAAUUAUGAUGUGGGUCUACCUUCAGUGCAUUGACUGGGAGAAGUCAAGAUGACAGCUUACCAUUACCUCAAGUGCAAGCAGGGAUGGGUAAUUAAUACUGGUCGAGCCAGUGAACCCCCAUCCCAGGAGUGAAUAAAAGAAGCAUUGAUCUUGAAGGCUUCAGUUGAGAGGUGAGACCACCUGAUUUGAAAAUCAAUUUUAGCUGUUGCCAGUAUUUCUAAAUGGUUAACCUAGUGGAAAAUUCCAGGUGUUUUUUGUGCAUCUUUUGACACUGAAUUGACUUUAAGUGUACUGUUUAACUUCUCUGGUUUACAUUGGUGGGGAAAAAUGAUACUAAUUCCUUGGGUUUUUUUAAAUUUUCAGCACAUAAUGCAAUAAAGUUCUCGACUUGUAUAUCAUAAGCUAUUUUGGAAAUUGUGCCCAAAAAAAGCCACCAUUGUGCACAUAAAUAGGAACCAUUGAUUUAUGGCCUCUUCAGUGAAUGGCAGCACAAACUUGGACCUCAUUCCACUUCCCAACCGAUCUCAAAGUUUACAAAUCCAAGGACACAAAGGGACGGGUAAAGUUUUUGAUGUAAGAGUAUCCACAAUUCUCUCCAACUGUAGAAUUCCAAAGCUGCACAACCAGGGGAGGAUAUUUGUCAUUGCUUAUGACAACCUCUGACAUUUUUUGCUCUCCACAGUUCAAAAUUCUCUAGCCAGCUUAGUCUGUAAGCACUAUGCAGUCAAGCCUUCUUUAGAACCUUGAUCAUUUUGAUUAAAUCACUUCUUGUUUAAAAAUCCCCAUUUGCUGAACAUCUUGUCCUCAGACAGCAUUUCAUCUCACAAAUAGGGGGAACUUCUUUAAUCUCCUCUUUUAAGGCAAAAUAAACACCAUGGCUAAGGGAUUGGUGUGGGGGGAAAGAGGGAUUCUGUUUCACGAGCCACUGGCAUCAGUUUUGGAACUGGGGGCAUCUGUACCGUUGGCAUGGUCUCCACCUGAACCAAUCUGGAGCAAGUGUACUAGCAAAGGAUAAAUAGGGUGGUCAGUAGGACUUUAAACUUCUGAGUUGUGGGGAAGGGAAAGCAAAAGCGACAGUGAAUAUGGAAAGAUAAGCAGCAGGAUAGCAAUAUGUACAUGUGGGUUUAAGCUCGAGGCCGACUAGGAAUACAGCAAAAAGGAAGGCUAGCUUAGGAUUUCCAAUAUCUCUAAUAAUGACAAAGCAUUUAAGGUAAUUUACCUAGAUGUUGAUAGUAUUCGCAACCAAAUAGCUGAAUUAACAGCACAAAUCCUCUGGAAUGAUUAUGAUGUAGUAGGCAUCACAGAGACAUGGUUGCAGGGAGUUCAGGACUGGCAGUUAAACAUCCAAGGAUUUACAACAUGUCAAAGACAGGGAGGUGGGCCUGACUCAUUAGUUAAGAAUGAAAUUAAAUCUAUGGCACUGAAUGACAUGGGGUCAGAGGAUGUGGAGUCUGUGGUUUUUUUUGGGCCUUUGUGGAUCCUCAACUCCACCCACACAAUGAGAUGUACAGACCUAACCAUGAUCAGGACCAGGGGUGCAAGAUGGACCAGGAAAUAGGGCAUGUCAGAAAGGCAAGGUCAUGGGGGACUUCAAUCAUGCAGGUGGACUGGGUGAAUAAUGUUGCAGGUGCAUCCAAAGAAAGGGAAUUCAUGGAAUGUUUACUGGAUGGCUUUUUGGAACAGCUUGUGAUGGAGCCCACCAGGGAGCAAGCUAUUCUGGACUUAGUGCUGUGUAAUGAGCCUGACCUUAUAAAAUUUCUUAAAAUAAGGAAACAGGAGGCAGCGAUCAUAAUAUAGUAGAGUUCAAUCUGCAGUUUGAAAGAGAGAAGGCAAAAUCGGAUGUAAUGGUGUUACAGUUAAAUAAAAGUAAUUGCAGGGGUAUGAGAGGGGAACUGGCAAAAAUCAACUGGAAGCAGAGCCUAGUGGGGAAGACGGUAGAGCAACAAUGACAGGAGUUUGAGUGUAAUUGAAGACACGGUACAGAGGUUCAUCCCAAAGGAAAAAAGAUUAUCCGGGGGGAUUAGACAGCUACGGCUGACAAAGGAAGUCAGGAACUCUAUUAAAGAAAAAGAGACAGCCUGUAAAGUGGCUAAGAGAACUGGGAAAUCAGAAGAUUGAGAAGACUACAAAAACAAAGAGGAUAACAAAGAGAAAAAUAAGGAAGGAGAGGAUCAAAUAUGAAGGUAGGCUAGCUAGUAAUAUUAGAAAUGAUAGUAAAAGUUUCUUUCAAUACAUAAACAAACGAGAGGCAAAAGUAGACGUUGGGCUGCUCCAAAUUGACACUGGAAGGCUGGUGAUGGGAGAUAAGGAAAAAGCUGAAGAACUUAAGUACUUUGUGUCAGUCUUCACAGUGGAAGACAUGAGUAGUAUCCCAACAAUUAAGGAGUGUUAGGGGGCAAAGUUUUUAGUAUGGUAGGCAUUACAAAAGAGAAAGUGCUAGAAAAGCUAAAAGGUCUAAAAAUUGAUAAAUCUCCUAGCCCUAAUGGGCUACAUCCUAGAGUUCUGAGGGAGGUGGCUGAGGAAAUAGCGGAGGCUUUGGAUGUGAUCUUUCAAAAGUCACUGGAGUCAGGGAAAGUCCCAGAUGAUGGGAAAAUUUCAUUUCUGUUGUAACCCCCUUGUUUAAGAAAGGAUCAAGACAAAAGAUGGAAAAUUAUUGGCCGAUUAGCUUAACCUCGGUUGUUGGUAAAAUUCUAGAAUCCAUUGUCAAGCAUGAGAUUUCUAAAUUCUUGCAAGUACAGGGUCAGAUUAGAACAAGUCAGCAUGGAUUUAGUAAGGGGAAGUCAUCCCUGACAAACCUGUUAGAAUUCUUUUGAAGAGGUAACAAGUAUGUUAGACCAGGGAAACCCAGUGGACGUUAUCUAUCUAGACUUGCAAAAGGCCUUUGAUAAGGUGCCUCACGGGAGGCUGCUGAGUAAGGUGAGGGCCCAUGGUGUUCGAGGUGAGCUACUGGCUUGGAUUGAGGAUUGGCUGUCUGACAGAAGGUAGAGAGUUGGGAUAAAAGGCUCUUUUUUGGAAUGGCAACUGGUGACAAGUGGUGUUCUGCAGGGUUCAGUGUCGGGGCCGCAGCUGUUCACUUUAUAUAUAAAUGAUCUGGAUGAAGGGACUGGGGACGUUCUGGCGAAGUUUGCCGAUGAUAAGAAGAUAGGUGAUCAGGCAGGUAGUACUGAGGAGGUGGGGAAGCUGCAGAAAGAUUUAGACAGUUUAGGAGUGUGGUCCAGGAAAUGGCUGAUGACAUUCAAUGUGAGGUCUUGCACUUUGGGGAAAAAAAAUACAGGUAUGGGCUAUUUUCUAACUAGUGAGAAAAUUUGUAAAGCAGAAGUACAAAGGGAUCUGGGAGUGUUGGUCCAGGAUUCUCUAAAGGUUAACUUGCAGAUAGCGUCUGUGAUUAAGAAAAUGAAUGUAAUGUUGUUUAUCUCGAGGGUUGGAAUAUAAAAGCAGCGAUGUGCUGCUUUAUAAAGCUCUAGUUAGGCCCCAUUUAGAAUACUGUGUCCAAUUUUUGGGCCCCACACCUCAGGAAGGACAUACUGGCGCUGGAGUGUGUCCAGUGGAGAUUCACACGGAUGAUCCCUGGAACGCUAAGCUUAACGUAUGAAUGGCUGAGGAUCCUGGGAUUGUAUUCAUUAGAGUUUAGAAGUUAGAGGGGAGAUCUAAUAGAAGCUUACAAGAUAAUGUAUGGCUUAGAAAGGGUGGACGCUGGGAAGUUGUUUCUGUUAGGUGGGGAGAUUAGGACCCAUGGGCACAGCCUUUAGAAUUAGAGGGGAUAAAUUUAAAACAGAUGAGGAGACAUUGCUUCAGCCAGAGAGUGGUGGGCCUGUGGAAUUCGUUGCCAUGGAGUCCCGGACAUUAAAUGUCUUCAAGGCAGAGAUUGAUAAUUUCUUGAUCUCACAAGGAAUCCCGGGCUAUGGAGAGAGUGCUGGGAAGUGGAGUUGAAAUGCCCAUCAGCCAUGAUUAAAUGGUGGAGUGGACUCGAUGGGCCAAAUGGCCUUACUUCCACUCCUAAGCUUUAUGGUCUUAUAUCCUUCCUUUAGAUAAGGAAAUUUUGCUGUACAAUGUAUGUGGUCCUAAGGCUAUAUACGCCUAGCAUGGUUUCCUUUUCCUUGAACUCCAGUGACUUUACAAUAAAGGUGACAUGCUGUCUGUGUCCCUAACUGCUUGCAGUACUUGUAUCCACGCUAUUUGUUCCUGAGGAUAGCCAAAACCCUCAACACCGUUAAAAUAUUUCUCUGA